AUGGGGAAAGAGGAAGCUGCUAAAGCUAUGGAAGAAGCUCAUUCAGGAGUAUGUGGAGCUCACCAGUCAGACAACGCCAAGUACUUUUCCAAUAGUGCCGUGGAGAAACUCUGUGAGAAAUAUCACUUCAAGCUGCACUUUUCUUCUAUGUACAACGCCUCGACUAAUGGGUUGGCUGAAGCAUUUAACAAGACAUUGUGUAACAUUUUGAAGAAAGUUGUCAGCAAAACGAAAAAGGAUUGGCAUGAAAGAAUGGGUGAGGCGCUUUGGGCCUACAGAACGACAUAUCGAACUCCCAUGAAAGCUACACCUUACUCCCUUGUAUAUGGUGUUGAAGCUGUCUUACCCAUGAAGAAACAAAUUCCAUCUUUGAGGAUUGCAUUGCAAGAAGGACUGACUAAUGAAGAGAACGCCAAGUUACGCCUUCAGGAGUUGGAAGCCUUAGAUGAACAGAGACUUGAUGCGCAAUAG